GAAAGCGGUGUUCAAGGAGAAGGAGGAGAGGAAUUUAUUGGAGGAACGAGCCGUCAAAGGCGCGGCCUUUCAACGUUUCGAGGACCCACGAGGCUCAACGAGGCUCGAGUGGUGGAACAACUUGGCACUAUAAACGACUAGACCGCGUGGUUGAAUCAUUCAUUCUGGUUUGAGCUUGGCUCAAGUCUUACUACGAUGUUGUACCACCAUCUUCUGCCCAGAAGCUCUUCUCGAGUCAUCGGAUCUUCCUUAUCAUGGUGUAUUGGACCAUUUGUCCUCAUUUUGGUCUGUUGCACGCUUUGUGAUGGUUUCAAUGUGGGUGUGCGGAAAAGGCCAACGCCGGCCUUAGCACUCAAAUGGCGACCUUUCAACUUCCGAGAGGAGACCCAUGAAGAGGACAACACAAACGCCAAUGGCAAUGUGAUGAGUCUCUUUGACGUUGAAGACUUUGUUGAUGGUCUCAAGAGCAAGAUCACGUCGGAAAUCAGCCUUCUUCUGGCUAUCGAUCCCGAGGCGAGUCUCGAACCCGAGGCCCCUCGUUCCUUCGCCAGAGAAGACCAUUCCAAAAUAACGAGCCGCCAAGAAAUGAGCGAUUACCUCACAGACAACGACAAGAAUAAUCUGCGGCGAUUCCUGCCCAUGUUUCGAGGUCGGACCCGCAGAGACUGAAUGAAGAAUGAACCCCACCCACGUGAAAUCAAGAUUGCUCCCCAUUAUUUCCCGUCAAAUUGUCAACUUGGAUGUAUAUGUAUCUUCUAUCCGAUUUCCAUAUAUAUGUAUUGUAGUACUAUGUAGCGAGUCCUGGUAAAGAGACGACGCAUUGACCGCGAUGCCAAAGAAACCUUCAUCUGAUCAUCUCCCGAGGAAUGAUACUGUAUAAACGUCUGGUUGAGCCCUCGUCAUAAGAUUUGGAACGGUGUCAAGAUCGUUUUGUCUCCCCUCUCAAUUUCUCAGCCUCUCGCUUGGUUUGACUAAAUCUUGGAGUCUUGGUUCAUUUCCAGUUGGUGCCACUUGAUAAAUAAAGCAAAGACAAUA